CCGCAAGAAAAUGCAUCGUCGAACUUGCAAGACUUAGGCAAAGGAGUUCCUUUGCAAAUGUUACCUCGUGAUACACCAUUGUAUAUCGUGGAAUUCAAACAAGGAAGGACUGAUUUGUACUUUAAACAAUCACAACAAGGAGGUGAAGGAGAUAUCUGUAAAGGUGAUUUGGUUAUUGUGGAAGCUGAUCGCGGAAAGGAUUUAGGAUCUGUAAUCAAUGAUUCCAUUACUGUUGAUCAAGUACAAACAUUUUUAGCUCAUCAAGCCGAAUUGGCAGCCGGUGGACAAUCGGAUGGCGUUCAUCCAGCUGCGAUGACAUUAUCACGUUUAACGAGAUCCGUUAAUCCAAAAAGAUUAUUUGCAAAAGCAGGUCCAUCAGAUACAAGUUUAUUACAUGCAAAAGCACAAGAUGAAGAACGUGCUUUAACUUUAUGCACUACAAAAGUAAAUCAACGUGGAUUACCUAUGAGCGUUGUUGCUGCAGAAAUGCAAUGGGAUCGUAGAAAGUUGACAUUUUAUUAUACUGCUACUCAAAGGGUCGAUUUUCGUGAUUUGGUGAAAGAAUUAUUUCGAUUGUACAAAACUAGGAUUUGGAUGUGUCAUCUCAGUCAUCCGAGCAAUGCA